AUGCGCCUGCCGCCGGGGGAGACCGCGCUGUUGCCUCUGCGCGCUUCUCUAGUCGCCACAGCCGCCACUUAUUGCCUGCUGCUUCUGCAAGUGGACGCCUAUUUCGGCCUGACCGGAAAAGAAACCUUGAUUCAGUUUCCACUGCUGGGAUCUUCAACAAAUCCUGCUCAUUGGAAGGCUCACUUGAAGCAAUGUGAUCUGCUGAGGCUUUCCCAGAAGCAAAAGAGACUCUGUCGUCGAGAACCGGGGCUGGCCGAGACUUUACGAGAUGCCAUCCGGCUUGGAGUCCUUGAGUGCCAGUACCAGUUUCGCAAUGAGCGUUGGAACUGCAGCCUCGAUGGGAGGACAAACCUGUUGAAGAGAGGUUUCAAGGAAACAGCAUUUCUCUAUGCAGUGUCUUCAGCAGCAUUAACUCAUUCCCUUGCUCGAGCGUGCAGUGCUGGGCGAAUGGAGCGCUGUACCUGUGAUGAUUCACCUGACUUAGAGAACCGCAAAGCCUGGCAGUGGGGUGUGUGUGGUGACAACCUUAAGUAUAGCAUCAGGUUCCUGAAGAAUUUCUUGGGCCAGAAGAAGGUUGGGAAAGAUUUGAGGGCCAAGGUGGACAUCCAUAACACAAAUGUGGGCAUCAAGGCUGUGAAAAAUGGCCUAAAGACCACUUGCAAGUGCCACGGUGUGUCUGGCUCAUGUGCUGUGAGAACUUGCUGGAAACAGUUGUCUCCUUUCCAUGAGACAGGAAAGCUCCUGAAGCUACGCUACGACAGUGCUGUCAAAGUCUUCAGUGCCACCAAUGAUGCUAUGGGACAAUCAGAGCUCGUGAGCCCUCAGCAUCAUGGCCGCUUAGCUAAAGGUCCUGCUGCUCCACGUCCCACUGAUCUGGUUUAUAUGGAAGAUUCUCCUAGCUUCUGCCGAUCUAGCAGGUAUUCAGUGGGCACGGCUGGAAGGACGUGUUCCCGUGAGGCCAACUGUGACAGUAUGUGCUGUGGCCGGGGUUACAAUAUCCAGACCCACAUUGUUACCUUCUCUUGCCAUUGCCAGGUGCAAUGGUGCUGCUAUGUGGAAUGUCAGCAGUGCAUGCAGGAAGAAGUGGUUUACAGCUGCAAGCAAUAAGACAUUGAACCAGGGAAUUGGAGAACAAUGGCUGGUUUCCCUUAAGAUUGCAUCUAGGGCUAAAUACCAUGAUGACUUGGACUUCUUUGAUAUAGUAAUUUCCCCCUCGAUAUUGGAUCUAAAACCUAAAAUAGGGGUAAUUUAUGCCAGGUCUAAGCAUUGAAAUUACUGAUUUGAGGUCCAGCAGGCAAGGAGAAAUCAUAAAAUAAGUGCAAACCAUCCCUCAGGACUGAUUGGUCAGAGUUGGAGAACUCUGCCUAGAAGAUGGUUAAGGACCUAUUUUAUACUGCCAGGACCUUGGUUCAUCUGUCUUAGGGCUGUUUAUUCUGACCGAAGUAAGAUGUCUUUCUUAACCUAAGACCUCUUCCAAGUGGAGAAGUCCGGAACUGAAAAUUGAAAACUUAACUGCGGGAACUGAAUAAUUUUACCCUCCACUUCCUAAUUUUGUAAGUAGCAUUCCCUAACUUGAAUCUCUGCAGGUAAUAUAACUUCAUUUCCAAUGGUCAUGGGUUAUUCUAUUUGGGAAUUAUGAGGCUUGAGGUACAAUAACUCUGAAAGUUCCAAGUUAGGAUAUUGUCAAGCUCAGGAAAUCAGGGGUCCAGGCAGUUCGGAUAUUGUCAAGCUCAGGAAAUCAGGGGUCCAGGCAGUUCAAAUGAAUAUUUGUAUCCAAGGCUCUCUAAAAUAAUCUGAACUUUUAACAGUCAAAGCAAAUUGGCGAUAGAUAAAGGCCAACAGAAUUCAAGGUGGGCUGGACUUAAUGAAAGGACUUGAGGCUGAUGAUGCAUUUGACCCCACCCUUGGGCUCAGUCUGGUCAUCUCCUAUAGAUAUGCUAUGUUAGACUAAGCAAAUGUCUUGUUUAAAUCAAAGAUCUCAGUAGCAACUAAUAAUAAAUAGCAAAAUGGUAAGAACAGUUCUGAAUAGAAGGCAAACAAAUCAAAACUUCCCAAUUAUUCUCAGGUCCAAUAUCAUUCUAAGGCAUCUUUAGUUGGUAGCAAUCCUAUUGUUCUAAAAAGGCCACAUUUACUGAAUCCUCCCCUAAGCCUUCUGAAAAAAAAAAUAGCUUGGGUGACUCUGGGCAGCUGAUAUCUAUCUACAGGUAGUCCUCGAUUUAUGAUCAUAAUUGAGCCCAUCAUUUUUGUUGCUAAGUGAAACGUUUGUUAAGUGAGUUUUGCCCCAUUUUAUGACUUUUCUUUCCACACUUGUUAAGUCAAUCACUGCAAUUAUUAAGUAGUAACACAGUUGUAAAUCUGGCUUCCCCAUUGAUUUUGCCUGUCAGAAGGUCACAAAAGGUGAUCAUUUGGGCACUGCAACUAUUAUAAAUAUGAGCCAGUUGCCAAGCAUCCAAAUUUUGAUCUCAUGACCAUGAGGAUGCUGCAAUGGUCCUAAGUAUGAAAAACAGUCAUAAGUCACUUUUUUCAAUGCCAUUGUAACUUCAAAAGGUCACCAAAUGAAAGGUUGUAUGUCAAGGACUACCUUGUUAUUUAAGCACUGCUGACCACUGCUACCAUUUUUACUGAGAUAGAAAAUAAUGCUACUGGGGAAAUUUGGGUGAAAGUUCUCCCAAAACUGGUCAACCAAAACUUGCAUGCCAAUCACGUUUGUCCUUGAUUAGAGCUCCAGGGGAGCAUUAUUUAUCUUCUGAUGUACUUAGUGGUAGAAUCUGUGCUGAAGGCUACAUUCUUCAAGGCUGAGACAGAAUAAAGUGUGAACAAUAUGGUAAGCUUGAGAAAGACCACUAAAAUUUGUUAAGCCUUUGGGGAAUUGAGA